UUAUUUUCGAACGCAAUUUAAAACACAUGGGAUAAGAAGUGUGAAAGGUCAAAAAUUUGAACAGCACAAAAAUAGAUUUUUUAAAAUUAUUUCGGAAUUUUUUUAAUAGUUCGGAAAGACAAAAUUGAAAAGUGUAAAUAAAGAGUGGAGACUACAAUACUAACUAAACGAGACAUAAAAACAAGCAAAUAAUCACCGUUUUAAUCAAUUAUUAUCUGUUUUACAAAAUUCAGUGCCUCUGUUCUGUUAAUUAAUUUUAUACAUAGUGAAUACACAAUACACACACAAAAUACUUUUGAAACUAAGUAUAAGACGGUAUCACAAAUUUACAUCCCGUUAAGGCUUAAAGUGACAGUUUUCAAUUCCUAAUCAGAAACAAAUAUAAACAUAGGUCAGGUCAAGAACACUUUUUCAUGUAACAUAACAUGUCUGUCAAAAUUUCCGUAUUUUCAUACAAUUUCUAAAACAUACUCUUUUGGUAUUCAUUCAUUAUUUAUUAUUGCACCAAAGAAGAUUGCGUAAUUAAGUGUUAAAGUUAUGUACCCCAGAGGUCCCACCCAAUCUAUAUUACCGCUCAAUUCUAACCUCAAAAAUGUGUUCAAGACAUUAAUUCAAAAACAGUUUUUAAAAUACGACUGCACAUUUCGCCAAAAGUUCAAACAUCUACAGGAUUUUAACAGACGAUUCCAGGAUAUUAUUAAAACGAGACAAUUUUAUAAAGUAUUUUUAGAAGAUAAUGCAGCUAGGAGUAACAGAAGGGAUGUUUUUAAAGUCUGGAUGCAUCAUUGCGAGUGUGUCCUGGCACAAAGAAUGCGAAGGUGCCAACAAAUGUUUACGUUAUAUUCAAAGUGGUGGGAAAAAAAGGCUUUUGAAGAGUUGAUUAAGAAAAUGAGACAAAAUAUCACAAAAAGAAGCAAGGAUUUUGCUCUAGGUACAGUAGGUAUAUCAGCAUAUAACUGGGACAAAUACAGGAUCCAAGAUGAAGAAAUUAGAAAAAACGAACAAGAAUUCGAGUAUGUAAGGAUUUUAAAAGAGAGCACUAUUUGCCUAGCUUGCGACACAACGAAAACACCAAACGGCACCAGCUCACAUAUAUGCGAAUGCGGUCACACUCAAAUUCCAAAAACUUACGAUGACUGGGUGUUAUUUAUCGAAAAACCCGAUCUGGUAAUCUGGAGAAGACUUCACCAUUCUGGAUCAGGUCAAUACGAAUAUAAAGUGUAUGGUACUUACAAUGAUGUGUCAGCCGAAGAUUUUUUGAAUGUUCAAGUUGAUAUUGACUAUAGGAGGAAGUGGGAUACGAGUGCAGUUAUCCUUGAACACGCAGAGUCUGAUCCUUUGAAGAAUUCUAACAGCGAUGUCAUUUACUGGGAACUUUUAUGGCCUAGGCUGUUUGUGAAUCGAGAUUACGUCUUUAACAGACGUUACUUGAUAGACAACACAUUGAACACUAUAUUCAUCCUAAACCGGAGCACCGAACAUCCAAAGUUUCCAAAAUACGCAGAAAAAUAUCGGAUAGACGACUAUUGGUCGUGUAUGGUAAUCAAACCGUAUGAAGGAGACAUGACGAGGCCAGGAAUACAGUUCGUCUUGACCUACUACGACAACCCAGGCGUGAGUAUACCAUCCUCGGUAACAACCUGGGUUGCCAUGCGUGCCAUGCCUGAGUUUUUAGAGAAACUGAGAGAAGCUACGAAACAUUACAAAAACUACUGUUUAAAAGAAGGUACCACGAAAGCGUGUAAUGCUGUUGUCGCAGCAGAGCGAGCAGCGGAAGCCCAAAGACAGAAAGACAAAUUGGAUUAUUGCAGUUACUUCAGAGAAGUUAAGAGUAUAUUAAUGCCGGAAAACGAGGAACAAAAUGCUAGAGGGAACGAGAAUGCUUCAGGUAAUGUUAAAGAUACCGAUACUAGUGAAGUCAGUAGCGUACAGCACAAUUCAAACAAUUCAACUAAACGUGAUAGUCCAUAUAAUUAUUUAAAUCCUUUGUAUUAUUUCUUUCAGUAAUUAAACAAUAACGUAGUCGAUUUUUAAGAGACUGUAAUAUUUUGUAUCGCCUAAAAAGGAAAAUAUAAAGAGUGAAAGUAUUGGGAGGUAGUAAAAAAGCUAAAACUUUAUUUUCUUGUAGCACUAUUAUCUCCCAUUAGGAUGUUUGCUACAAUGAUCGCAAUUUUUUAUUUUAAUUUAAUGUAGGUAAGAAAGUCUUUAUUUAUAUAACAUUAUGUUGUUGUGUUAAGUCUCAAACUAUUUAUUAACUCAGUUAGUCAUUAAAUACAAUAGAACCAGCACAUUUAAGAUCAAAAAUAAAAGCAUAACCGUAAAAAAACUACAGAAAAAGCGCCCUAAACUAUCGAAAAGCAUGAAAAGGAUGACAACAAAAAGUUCAAAGAGCCUUAAGUGGUGAUAAAACGUCAAAAGCAUCAAAAAGUGAAGGAAAAUUGUCUAAUCCGAGGAAAAACUUCAUCAAAAAAUUAGUAAAACAAGAACAAAUAGCGUAAAAACGUAAAAAAUUGGCAAAAAUAGAGAAGAAAAAGCAUCAACAGGUCAAAAAAUUCUAACCCUUAACCACCUAUGUGCGAUUUUGUUACACUAAUAACCAUGAGGUGUCUGACAAACGACCUAUUUUGGGGCUCCCAAAAAACACUCUGGUUUAGAAAUUAGAUUUACUAAGAAUCUAGAAGUAAGAAAUAUACCUCUAAGAAGUAAGGAAAAUUCUUUACAUAAUUCAGUAGAAUGAAUUGUAUUCAUAAAAAUACAUUAAUUGUAGCCAAAUGUAAAUUAUUUAAGAUCUAGUUGUUCAGAAAGGUAUAAGUUAUAGUAUGUAACAUGAAAACAACUCAAAAACAUAACUUAACUAUAUUAUAAACUAUAACUAACGUAAAUUACCAUGUGGCGUAUCUCGGGCUAUUGUAAACACAUUUAUGUAUUGUCAUAAAAGUAUUUCAUUAUCCUAACGUCCUUCAGCAAAUGGUAAGACCUAGUGAUGUAAGAAGAGAAUAUUCUCAAGAGAAUAUUCUUGGCUAUAGAAAAUUCUCGGCGAGAAUUUUCUAUAUUUACAAAAACCGAAAUAAAAAUAAAAACUAGAUAUGGGUCAAAUUAUUAUAAUGUAAAAAAUAUGUACAUACAUAUAUUAUUUUUGCCGAUUCACCUACUUAGUAUAUUUUUUGCAUCCUCAAUAUUAUUAUUCUUGAAGUCCAAACACCUACGCUCCGCUUAUGAAAUUUUUUUAGAGAUUUUAGAUAAAAUCCCCGAAAAUCGAAGUAGCCGGAGCUGGGGAAUCACAUCUACCUAGGGUGUCAACAGUGUCAGUAUUUAUUGUUUUGGUGCUAUAUUAACGUGUAAAUAAAUAUUUAGAAUGGUGUUCAUUUAAGCAGAGAACAACAAGUUGGGGGAAUUGGAAUUGAGUUUAUAGAUAAUUUAGCAUUUUUAAAAUAUGGUGAUAACUCGGCUGAAAUAAUGGCAGAUUUGUCACUUUAUCGGUCUAAGGAAAGAUUUUUUUGGAAAACCAUACGAUGUAAAAUCAAUUGAAAAACUAGACCCAAUCAUAUGGUGGAAAGGUGCAUGUUUCGGAAUAAAAUUAACUAAAAUAGCAGUUAAUAUAUAUAGCAUGCCUUCAUACAGUGCAGCAACUGAAAGAAGUUUCAGUUCUUAUGGUUUUUUUUAUCAACUCCUCUAAAAGAAACCGGCAUACUGCUGAACUCUGUAUGACUGAGCUGGGACUCGUGAAAAACAAAAUCCCACAACUUCUCAUCAUUACAUUGAAAUGCAGAAUGUAGAUGACUAGGAUGAGCUAAUGAUAGAAAUAGAUUCUGAAUCUAAGGCCUCAUCUUUUUUAGUUUAGAUAACCACAUCCAUUAUUUGCUGUUACGAAGAAAAUUUCAUUUUUGAUUAAAUAAAUUUUUAAUACCCUAUUCAUCUUUAACAACAUACCUAAGCGUGUCAUAGGGUUCAUUCUCAGAAAAUUCUCCAUAUCGAGAAUAUUCUCGAGAAUAUUUUUGAGAAUAUUCUUGAGAAUAUUCUCCGAUUUUUCAUUCUCGAGAAUUUUCCUACACUAAAUGCACCAACAGUAUGAUGAUUAGGUGGCGUGUCAGAUUUGUGGGAGGUCCUUCUUCUUCUUAAAGUGCCGUCUCCUCAAUGGAGGUUGGCUACUACAAUUGUAAACUCUUCUCUGUCUUCAGCUGUUCUUAUUAGCUGUUCAGAAAUUAGCCCUGUCCAUUGUCGGAUGUUUCUGAGCCACGAUAGUCUUUUCCUCUCUAGUCUUCUCCUUCCUUCGAUUUUUCCUUUCACUAUAAGUUGAGCAUAUUGGUACUUAUUAUUUCUCAGUAUGUGGUCUAGGUACGAGGUUUUUCUAACUUUCACUGUCUUGAAAAGUUGUCUUUCCUUGCCUAUUCUAUGCAGCACUUCUUCGUUUGAGGUAUGCGAGGUCCAGUUAUAGCAAUGAAUUUGUUUUCAUUGCAUCAACGGUGAAUAGAAAGCGCUAAUAAAGUCACAUAAAGUGAAGAACAAGCAGCAAAACGGAUCUGAAAGCAUUAACACGGUCAAGAAGUCAAGAAAGAAAAUCUAAAGCACCAAAAUAGCGGAAAAUGCACAGAGAAACAUUUACAUCGACAAUAUAGCAACGGUAAACUAAAAACGAAGCAAAAUAAAUUUGUUUUUCGCUAGGGAAGUAACAUUUUUAUGCACAAACAGUAAAGAACGUUUUGGAAUAAAAAAUUAAAAACAAAAGAUAUCAACACAAAUUUAAUUUGUAAAGUCAAAGUAUUCUAGAUUAUUUGUUAAUGUUACCUUGGUUGUCAAGGCAUUUAUUGUAUCAUGGAAUCGGUUUUUCGAUACCUGUGUUGUAAUCUUCCACCGCCAAUUUUCGAUACCGGUGUAGUCUUCAAUAGCCAAACGUCUGAGCUAAGAUAUAUAUAAUACAUCAAUCGGUUUUAAAACGUCUUGCGACGUUGUCCGAUGCCUAAUUUCCAUGACACUCUAUCAUCCCAUUGGCCCUCUCUAAGAUCUCUUGCGCUCAUCGCCUUCGUUACUCCCUCUCUCCAAGAUUUCUUGGGUUUUCCUCUCUUUCUGCGGUUUGGUGGUACCCAUUGCAUAAUUAUUUUAGGGAGUCUUGAGUUAUCCAUCCUCUGGACGUGUCCGUACCAUAUCAGCUGUUUUCUUUCUAUGUCUGUUGUUAGAGAGCCGUCAACCCCCAUUCGCUGUCUUAUCUCAUCAUUACGUAUUCUCUCUCUGCGUGACACUCCUACUGAUCUUCUAAAAGCGUCCAUUUCUACUGCCUCCAGUUUUCUUCUGUUGUUUUCGGUUAUCCGCCAAGUUUCUGCUCCGUACAAUAGACUGCUUUUAAUAAGAGAUUCGUAGAUAUUGUGUUUUCUUCUUUUUCCUAUUUCAUGAUUCCACAGUACGCUGUUUAGACAACCUAUUGUUUUUCUGGAUUGUGUUAUUCUUCUCUUUAUUUCUUCAUCAUCUUUCCCCGUUGUGUCAAAAACGAUUCCUAGAUAUGUGUAAUGGUCGCAGGGCAUGAUGAUUUCAUUAUUUUCUAAUAUGAUGUUCGAUAGUUCGGUACCUAUUGGCAGGUAUUUUGUUUUUUCUGUAUUAAUUUCAAGUCCCCACUUUCUAUAUUCUUCUUGUAAUUUCCUUGCCAUCUACUCUAAAUCAUCUUUAUCGUUUGCUAUAACAACCUGGUCAUCAGCAAACUGCAAUGUAUAUAAGCAAAUCUCUCCAAGGUCUACGCCCCAAGGUAUACGUCUGAGCUACGAUACCACCAUUUAUUUAUAUUUAAGCUCUUACUUAGUCGUUUUCUAACUAUUUUCCAUUCAAGAUUCCUUUAAUUUCGGGUAGGUACACAUGAGAAUCGGAUGGUGCAAAGUCGGGGCUGUAGGGGGACUGCUCGAAAAUUUCCCAUUGUAGACGUUCUUGUCGAUGCAUGGGGCAGAGCAUUGUCGCUCUCAAAAGGUCUUUACAGUUGUUCUUUGUUUUUUUGGGUUUUGAGUGCGAGUUUAAAUAAGGAAACUCAAUGGAUUGUCGCUUUAUUUCAUGAGUUUUGUAAGAAAACCAAGUUUCGUCUUCCGCUACAAUGCGAUCAAGAAAUUUGUCCCAUUCGUUUUGUCUUAUGAGUCUUCUAUCAAACCUUUGGUACCCACAGAACGUACAUUUUUUAUAAUUGGUCAAGGUGCCCAAUCACUAUUUCAUGUAACAAGGAUCGAGAAAUUUGUGGAAACGAGUCAUGCAAUGUGAUUAAAGUAAGUCACUGGGUUUGCUGCGUCGUGCACAUAGACCAGGGCGCAUCUGUAAAAAUAUUAGUACAUUUGGACGUUGAGAGGUGACUCAAAUUUUUUUGCAGAAAUUGCUUGAAAAUAAAUCAAAUAAUAAUAUUUGAGUUAUCCUUCCUCUCAAAAAGGUCCGGAGCAUUGUUUAAAUAAUAAAAAUGUCAAAAAAUUAAGGAAAAUUUCGAUUUUUUUCUUGGUUUUUUGAUUAUAACUUUAAAAGUAUUCAUUUCCGAGAAAAGUUGUAUUCACAUAAAAGUUGCGUAAUUAAAUUUCCUAUAAUAUAGAAUUGGUUAAAAAUUUAAGAAAUAGUCACCCUUGUUGCAAAAUAGCAAUAAUUGUGAAAAAAACAUACAAAAACAAGUAUUCGCAUUUUACGUUUUUCAGCCAUUUAUGCUACAGUUAGGACCUUCAUAUUUCACCCUGAAAAAUUUUAUGAUACAGUAAAACAAUACUGUAAAUUUCAUUAAGAUCGGUUCAAUAGAUUUUGCAAAAUAAAUUUCGCAAUCCAGCUUUCGUAAAAAAAAUUCAUUUUUUCAAAAUGUUACAGGACUGAAAAUAAAGCAGAUAGCAAGUUGAAAAUUUUUUUGCAUAUAGAAGUGUACUGUACCUUUCAUUUGCAAUUUUGUAAAAUUAAAAUAGUUUAACACCACGGCCUCAGGAAUUUUUUUAAAUAAACAUUAAUUAUUGGUGCUACGCGCAGUACAGCGGAUAGGUUGCUCUGAUUGGGCAUUCCAAUGACCUUUGAUAAUGAUUGAUCCAUUUUAAUUUUUAUGACAUUUCGAUAUAAAUAAAUAAAUUUGUUUAUUGCAAAAUAAAAACACAUACUCUAUCCUUUGAAAUAACACUUUUAUUAGCAAAAACUUUCGUUGUUCAUAUAUUUUAACUUAAAUAAUAAAAGUUUAUUAUUUUUAAACAUAUGCAAUUGUUUAAACAGUAUUUCACAAACAAUAAUAAAAUUAGUUUGAUUUUUGUGGAAUUAAAAAAUUAAAAUACAACAAAAUAUAGAGUAAGAAAAUAAUAUAUUAGAUAAAGAUUGGAAGAAAUUUUGGUGGAAAUCAACCUGUGUGAAUCGAACACCGCUGUCCUGCGCGUAGCACCAAAAAUUAUUGUUUAUUUCAAAAAUUUUCUGACGCCGUGGUAAUUAAUCGAUUUUAAUUUUGAAAAUUGCAAAUGAAAGGUACAGUACACUUCUAUGAGCAAAAAAAAAUUCAACUUGCUAUAUGCUUUAUUUUCAGUCCUGCAACAUUUUGAAAAAAUGAAUUUUUUUUGCGAAAGCUGUAUUGCAAAAUUUAUUUUGCAAAAUCUAUUGAACCGAUCUUAAUGAAAUUUACAGUAUUGUUUUACUGUAUCAUAAAGUUUUUCUGGGUAAAAUAUGAAGGUCCUAAGUGUAGCAUAAAUGGUUGAAAAACUUAAAAUGCGAAUACUUGUUUUUGUAUGUUUUUUUCGCAAUUAUUGCUAUUUUGCAACUAGGGUAACUAUUUUUUAAAUUUUUAACCAAUUCUAUAUUGUAGUAAAUUGAAUUACGCAACUUUUAUGUCAGUACAACUUUUCUCGGAAAUGAAUACUUUUAAAGUUAUAAUCAAAAAACGAAGAAAAAAAUCGAAUUUUUCCUUCAAUUCUUGACAUUUUGAUUAUUUAAACAAUGUUCCGGACCUUUUUGAGAGGGAGGAUAACUCAAAUAUUAUUAUUUGAUUUAUUUUCAAGCAAUUUCUGCAAAAAAAUUUGAGUCACCUCUCAACGUCCAUCUCAAAACAGAUCCGCCCUGGACUAACACUGGUUGUUCCUUAGUUGAACAUGAUGCACUAUUUCCUCACUAAAGGUUAGCUCACAACAUUAUCACCAUAAGCAGCCUUUAUUUGCCUAUAUAUGAUGAUUUGGCGAACAUUUUGCGCAUUCAAAAACAGAAUCAUACUGUGGUCAUCAUCAAACACACUUAAAUUAUUCUUAUACCCUCUUUAUAAAGAAAAUACUUUGAAAAAAUGCACGAAGAAAUUUUUAAAUUAAAACGUCUGAUCUAUUAGCAAAGUUAUAUCCACUCUGUAUAUUUUCCAAUUUAGGCUGAAGUUGUUUGAACAACAAAAGUUUUAUACCAGUGUUAUCUAAGUUUAUGAUUAUUAAAUGAUCGUCUGUUUCUA